AUGACGCCCGAAAGGACUUGCGCGUCAGAGUUUGCGCAAGCUGAGAUUUUGCAGUGCAGAGAUUUGAAGGUUGAUCGUUUGACAAGCACUACUUUGUGCCCCUUGUGCGACCCAAGCAAUGAACAAAAGCAAGGUUGCUUCUUGAAACUUGGGCAGUUGUGUUUGCCAGCAAUGCUUCUCGCAAUAUUAAUGACUCGAACGACGACUUGUGUGGUGGAGUCGGGUCAACUGUCGAUGAGGCCUUUGAGAAAGAUGUGCAAAGCACCGGCGUUGAGAAACGCUCCUGCAAAGAGUUGCCUCGACACGGAUGCUGAAGUGACUGAAGCAGUGCACUUGGUCCGCUUCAAGAUUAGUCUAAUGCACGGCUCCUGCAGUGCAAGCAUCCGACUUCAGACAGGUUUGCUUACCCAAGAAGGUGGCAGGCAAGUGCCGACAGCAUCUUUCAACAAAGUGACAGCGGCGAUGUGGUGGCCAGUGUCAUAG